GAUAUUUUUCUUUAUUUAUGUUUCACAUCGCAAUCAUCGGUGAUUAAAAAAAAGAAGAAGAAAUAGACAAAUUUAUGAGAAAAUUAUUCUAGAAUCCAUCGAAGAAAAAAAAUGAUCAAAUCAAUUUUAGGUCGAAUUCUGUUUACAUCUAUCAAUAAUUCAACAACUAUUACAAAGACAUCAAGAACAUUAUCACAUUUUGCUUUCAAACCUGAUACAGCAGCCGUUUCAGAUGGCGAUACAACACGUAUGAAUCUAUUUCAGGCAAUCAAUAAUGCUCUUGAAAUUGCAUUAGUUUCCGAUCCAAAAGCCGUUAUAUUCGGUGAAGAUGUAUCGUUUGGUGGUGUUUUUCGUUGUACAGUGAAUCUACAAGAUAAAUUCGGUAAAGAUCGAAUAUUCAAUACACCAUUAUGUGAACAAGGUAUCGUUGGUUUUGGUAUUGGUUUGGCUGCAGCUGGUGCUACGGCUAUCGCAGAAAUUCAAUUUGCUGAUUAUAUAUUUCCGGCCUUCGAUCAAAUCGUAAAUGAAGCAGCAAAAUUUCGUUAUCGAUCGGGUAAUCAAUUUGAUUGUGGUGGUCUGACAAUUCGUGCACCUUGUGGAGCUGUUGGACACGGAGCAUUGUAUCAUUCUCAAUCUGUUGAAUCUUAUUUUGCACAUUGCCCCGGUAUAAAAAUUGUCAUUCCUCGUGGACCGAUACAAGCAAAAGGUUUAUUACUCAGUUGUAUUCGUGAUCAAAAUCCGUGUAUAUUUUUUGAACCGAAAAUUCUUUAUCGAUUAGCCGUCGAACAAGUUCCUGUCAAAGAUUAUAUGUUGCCAUUAUCUAAAGCUGAAGUUCUUGUUGAAGGUGAUGAUGUUACAUUGAUUGGUUGGGGAACACAAGUUCAUGUGUUGCAUGAAGUUUGUGAAAUGGCACGUGAUCAACUAAAUACUUCAUGUGAAUUGAUUGAUUUAGCCACAAUAAUGCCAUGGGAUCGUGAAACGGUAAUCAAUUCGGUAAAGAAAACGGGUCGUGCUAUUGUAGCACAUGAAGCACCAUUGACGGCCGGAUUUGGUGCCGAAAUUGCUGCCACAUUACAAAAAGAAUGUUUUCUUCAUCUUGAAGCACCAAUUUUACGUGUUGCUGGCUAUGAUACACCGUUUCCACAUGUAUUUGAACCAUUUUAUUUACCCGAUAAAUGGAAAUGUUUUGAAGCCAUUAAGAAAAGUAUCAACUAUUGAGAAACAUUUGAUGAAUCUGAAACAUCAU